CGGCUCCGCCCCGGUGCUCCCGGUCCCGCCCCGCCGGCCGGUGGGGCGCGGACAGCGGCUGCAGGUGCGGGUGGCAGCGGAGGGAUGGCGCAGCCCAGCGAGGCCUCGGUGCACACGGCGGCUGCCGGCGCCGCCAUGGACAGCAACGUCCUGGCCAUCGUUAUCGCCGCGACUGUGUCCACCUCAGUCUUCAUCGUGGCAAUCCUCAUCCUGCUGCUGCUCCUGUACCACCGGGACCCCAUGUGUUGCCAGUUUCUCUGCUCCUGCCGCUUAUUCCAGAGCCCCAGCCAGUAUGACUGCCCUCCACCCUACUUCAGCAGCAGCCAGCGGCUGGUGGGUCCCCAGUGCAGAGCCUCACGCUUGGAGAGUGCUGCGGCUGAGAACCCGGGUGUGCAGGGGGAUGAGCUGUUCUGCGUCGGGCCCCCCAGCACGUACCAGGUCCCGUACUGGGAGCAGCCGCGCCUGCCCAGCUAUGAGAGUGUACGGAAGAAAGAUCGCCAGCGGGAGAUCCACCAGAUGAUUGCUGAGAGGUUCGGGCUGUGGGCAGAGCCUUCCCAGGAGAUGCCGCCUCCCUAUGAGCAUGCUCUGAGGCAUCCUCCAGCUUUCUCAGGACCAGUGAUAAGCUCAGAGACCUUGGACAGACGUGGCAUGCCAGAUCCUUUCCAGGCCCCUCUUGGCUACCAAACUCGGCGAAACACAGCUGUGUAAGGCCUCGGUGUGCUGCUGCUUCCCAUGGUGUCAGUGACAGAAGUGCCUGUGACAUUGUUCUCCUCUGCAGGGAAUGGCCAAACAUCAGACCUUUGCCCAGGUUUGCCAUCAGCUGAGACACAGGCAGGUCAGACCUGGCCAGCAGAGACAUCCCUUCUGCAGCACAAGGACAACCACGGAGCCACUGCCAGGCAGAGCAACCAGGGAUGUGUGUGCUCGCUCUUCUCUGGCAAACAUACUGUUACCAAAAGCAAGAGACCAGCUGCUUGCUUCUGCACAAGGGGCAAAGGCAAGAUGAAGGUCUGCUCAGCCAGAGCUCCUCAGGCAGCUGGCACAUUGCACCUCUGUGAGGCAAGCACUGUCAGUUGUACCAAGGAUCAGACCUCAGUCACCGUGUUGUGCUACUUCACUUGUUUCUUAGCUUAUGAAAUGUAUUACUUUACCAGUGUAUUGGCUACCAGGUGGGAAUCUUCACCUGAGAGCAGCAGAAUGGGUCAGCAUCAGAGCACUGCUGUGUGCUCCUGCAGCAAUGGUCCUCUGUGACCAACAGUGAUUUUUGUAUGGACUUCAGAUAAAGAUGUGGAGAGGCUCCAGGAGCUGUGUUAGCUGCUGUAUGCAAAUACCAACCACAGAGAUGAACUGUGUGACCGGGAAAGGACAAAAAUGCAGCCAAAAUAGCUGGUGAACUAUGAACCAUGGGGAACGUAAAGCAAAGGUGGACAUGCGUGGCUGACCUAACUUAGUUAUCUUCUGCAGAGCAGACAAUCUAAUAGCAUCCACACCGGUGUCCUUACACCACCAAUUUUGAUAACCUAUUUUCUACUGCAGAGCCAAUGUUUCAAAUUGUUUACAAACUUGUAGAUAAAAUGAAAUCAGUCUGGCCA